GCGAUGAUGAAACUUUGAAGUGGCGCUCUUGAAAUUGAUGGAGGGACUUGGUCCCUAACCAUCAGGCGCGGUAUGGUAUUGAGAAGAGUUGCAGUGGCGUUUUUGUAGAAUUAUCUUCAUUCUCCAGGGACUAAGAUGUUGGGGUUUCACAAGAGCAUUGUGGAGGAGGUUGCGCAACAGGAUGGGUUGGUGGUCAUGGCAGCCGGCCUGGGCAUGCAUAAGGUCAUUGCAGCCAUCCUGACAGCGCACAUCAGAAACCCCGAGAACAGGGAGAAGGUGGUGCUGCUCCUAAGCGUAAACCCCGAGCAGCGGCAGGUGCUACAAGAGGAAUUGCGGUUACAGCAUGAGCUUACAAUAAAAAACCCUCCCCCGGACCCUCCCCAAACUUCUGAACAGCCAGCCACUCAAGCCCCUGACUCCACUCCAAACCCUGAGCCUUUCCAGGGGGUGACACCACAGCCUGGAGAAGCUUCCCAGUCUGGCUCCCCCUUGCUAGCAGGCCCCGCUACAAGUACCCCCCCUGCCACCACAGCUUCAAGUACCCCCCCACUUGGAAGCUUGGCUCUUUCUGUCCCUCCUCAGACUGCCCCCCUGCUCCGGGAAGUAGACAAUCAAUUUUCCAGCCAUGAGCGGCUGGCACUGUAUCGGGGGGGCGGGUGUCUGUUUGUCACGAGCAGGAUUCUGAUUGUUGACCUGUUGAACGAAAGGGUGCCCCUGGGCCAGGUGUCAGGCAUAGUGGUCUGUAACGCACACAGGGUCACGGAGACAUGUGCGGAGGCGUUCAUCAUGCGGCUCUUCCGAGCGGGCAACAAGAGAGGUUUCAUCCGUGCGUUUACGGACCGGCCCCAGGCGGUGGCGUCCGGUUUCAACAAGGUGGAGCGCAUCAUGAAGAGCCUGUUUCUGAAGCGGCUCUACCUCUGGCCGCGCUUCCAGAUGCAAGUCAGCUCUGCGCUGGAGGCCAGCCCCCCCGAAGUGGUGGACAUCAGGAUGCCGCUCUCGCCCGCCAUGGUGGCGAUUCAAGAGGCAAUCAUCCAGGUAAUGGACGCGUGCAUGAAGGAGCUGAAGAAGAUCAACAAGCUAGACGUGGAGGACCUGACGGUCGAGAAUGGGCUGUUCAAGUCCUUCGACGAGAUUGUCAGGCGGCAGCUCGACCCCAUCUGGCACACCAUUGGUCGGAAGACCAAGCAGCUGGUAGCCGACCUGAAGACGCUGCGCAAGCUGGCGGAGUUUCUCCUGCGCUACGACGCCGUCACGUUCCUGCGCUAUCUCGACACGCUGCGCCUUUCCGAGGGCAUCCGCUCCGUCUGGCUCUUCGCCGAGCCCACGCACAAGAUCUUCGAGUACGCCAAGCGCCGCGUGUAUCAUGCCGUCAAAACAGGGCCCGACGGUUUGGCUGUCCAGCCCGCCCAAAAGAGAGGCCCUGUUGCGGCCAGUGUCGCUAAGAAGCGGAAGGGGCCGGGAGGGCAGCCGGCGGCUGUACAGGGCCUGGGGAAUGCGAACGGGGCGGCUGCAGGGGCCGCUGCUGAAGGGGUUCCAACAAAGGUGGAGCUGGAGGUAGUCCUGGAGGAGAUGCCCAAAUGGAGGAUUCUGCGAGAGAUAUUGGAAGAGAUUCAAGAAGAGAAAGAAGAGCUCGCAAAACAGCGAGCCCUUGCCGCAGUCGCGGCCAUGGAAACCCAGGAACGGACCGCCCAGUCACCCGCCCCGGACCCUCUAGAGGUGGGCCCCAGCUCCCGCGACCCGGCGGGACGUCUAGCCGAUUCCGACUUCGCCACCAGCGGAGGCUUUGUCAGAACCACCCCCCCAUUUGUGAACGAGGACGACGGACCGGUGCUAGUAGCGGCGAAAGACGAGCGCAUGUGUCUGCAACUAGAGGCGUGCAUCGUUCAUGGGGGGGGGGCGGUGAUGCGCGCGGAGUGGGACCGGUUCCUGCUGGCCAAGGCGGAAGUGCACAAGGCGCGGCAAAAGGGGAAGAAGAAGGCCGGGGGGGUGGAGCAGCAGGCGGCAAACGGGCAGCCAGGCCCGUCAAAUGCUGCUGCUAAAGCGCCCGCCGGCGCCUCCGGCACAGGCGAGCAAGAGGCUCUCCUUGCAGCGGCAAAGAAAGUCUUUUCCAGAGGGGGGUCUGACGCGCUGACCAUACCGGAAUCAGGGUUUGAAGAGGAGAGGGGUUCAAAGGCCUGGGGCCGAGGGAGGGGGAAAGGAAAGGCGGGGAACAAAAGCGGGUCCGAAGGCAGCGGGGGGGACUCGGAAAGCGGAGGGAAGGAGGGGGGGCGCGGGAGGGGUCGGGUGAAAGGGAACCGGGGGAGGGGGAGAGGCGCCGCAGGCGAGAAAGGGCAACGGACGCUUACUCAGAUUGGGCGCAAGGAGUCGGGGGGACAAGGGGAAGCAGUUCUCGACGAGAGGGGGAAAGAAAAGGCAGGCGAAGAGACUGGGGGCGAUGAAGACGUCGUUGAAGUGGAUGGCAGCACCUUCCGAGCCCGUCAGGGGACAGGGUCUGGACGGGUUAACUCUGUGGUUAGCGAAACCGCCUUGGAUUCGACCGGGGGGACUGCGAAGAAUGGAGACCAAGGGGAUGGCGAACCGGACCGGAAAGGGAAGCGGAAAGCGGAGCCGGAAGUGGCGCCAUCGCUGAGGAAGGGUGCGAAAAGGCGACGGAAAGCGCUGCCGGCGGUGCACUUCUACGCGCUGGAAAGCGAACAGCAGGUGCUCGAGGUGGUGCGGCCCGCUUAUGUCAUUGUGCACGACCCCGACAUGGCGUUUGUGCGCGAGCUGGAGCUGUACAAGGCGGAGCACCCGGAGCGGUCGCUCAAGGUGUACUUUCUGCUGUACGAGCAGUCGACGGAGGAGCGCAAGUUUGAAAGCUCCAUCCAGCGCGAGAACGCCGCAUUCGAGGCGCUGAUCAAGCAGAAGGCCAUUAUGACCGUGCCAGUGGACCAGGACGGUCGACUUGCCGGGACGGCUGCCCCCCAGAGUGCGACGGGGGUCACGUUCUCGACGUCAGGCCCAGGCGGCACGGGCAUCUCGACGCGCAAAGCGGGGGGACGGCAAAAGGACCGCGCGAUGCAGGUGGUGGUCGACAUGCGCGAGUUCAACAGCAGCCUGCCAUCCGUGCUGCACCAGCAGGGCAUGAAGAUCGUGCCCGUCACGCUCGAGGUGGGCGACUACAUUCUGUCCCCCGAGGUGUGUGUGGAGCGCAAGAGUCUGGCGGACCUGUUCCAGUCGUUCGGCUCCGGUCGGCUGUACAACCAGGCGGAGGCCAUGACGCGCUACUACAAGACGCCCGUGCUGCUUAUCGAGUUUGACCAGGACAAGAGCUUCUCGCUCCAGUCUGCGGGCGAGCUGACGGACGACAUCUUCGGCACCAACAUCAUCUCCAAGCUGUCGCUCCUGGUCCUUCACUUUCCGCGGCUGCGCAUCAUCUGGUCGCGCAGCGUGCAUGCCACGGCGGACAUCUUCGCCGCCCUGAAGGCCAAUCAGGAGGAGCCAGACGUCAAGAAGGCGAUGGUGGUCGGCGUGCCCACCGAGGAUGGCGUCAUCGAGGGGGACAGGCAGGGGGAGACGUACAACACCACGGCGCAGGAGGUAUUGCGCCGUCUCCCUGGUGUGACGGACGCCAAUUACCGCAUGCUGAUGGACGGAGUUAAGUGCCUGGCGGAUCUCGCGGAGACGUCCAUAGAGGACUUGAGCAAGUUGAUGGACGGGCAGCGCCCUGCCAAGAUGCUGCGCGAGUUUCUAGACGCGAAGUGCCCAACCGUGUAGAUACGACCGUAAACUUCCAGGCAUCAGAGAUCAGGGCCCGCACCAACCGUCUCUAUAUGUGUGGACACACGAUCAGGACCUGCAACUUGUGGUCUACCAUGUAUCAAACCCUAUGGUGGAAGGGCAACGGCCGCAUGUAGUUUACCUAGCGUCUUGACAAGCAUUGCUUCUUCAAACUGAGAUGGUCAUGCACGUUUGCAG